UCUUCUUUCAACAGCAACAACAGUUAGUCAGACACCUUGGUAGCUUGCUAGACAAAAUAGACGAACCACUAAAGCCACUUAGACCACUUAGACGCUUUCGUGUAUAUUUGCCACUGUGUUUUAAAUCAACUUCUGUCGUUUAGUUCGUUAUCCCAUUUAAUUUCAUAUUUACGGUGUUGUUGUUAGUCAGCUAGCGGGCUAGUUAGCAUUAGCAUAGCUAGCUAACAUCCCGACCAUGAGUUCACUAAACUACUCUCCUCCUGCUACAGAAGAGGAGGUCUGCUGGACGGAGAAAGAAGAUCUGGGGCUGAACAUUGUCGUCAAAGAGGAGGAGGAAGAGGAGGCUGUUACAAUACAAAAACAAGUAGAGGGUGAGGCUGUUACAGUGAAAGAAGAAGAGAAAGACGUUUCAGUGAAAGAAGAGGAAGACGCGUUCAGAGUGAAAGAGGAGGAGGAUGUUACUGUAAAAGAAGAGGAUGAAGAGAAAGAGGAGGAGAUGACUGUCACGUCGAAAAAGGAGGAGGAAGAAGAGAAGGAAACUGGAUAUCUGGGCCCGGAUUCCCAAAGGCAUCUUAAGGCGUCCAAUGGUUCAAAUGAUGAACUUAGCCGUAAGAUGGUUUUGAGAAACCGUUCCUCGAUUUACACUAGAGAGAGACGUGACGAUCGUGGAUCCUCUGGGGAGCCUCAACAACAUCAUGAAGCUGAAGAGGCAGAGGAGAGUUUUUCCGCAUCAGAACAUCUUAAUAAACAGAAGCGGAAACGCACAGGGAAGAAACCUCACCACUGCUCUGACUGUGGGAAGAGAUUCACAUCUUCAGCAGACCUCAAAAGACAUCAGAGAAUCCAUACAGGAGAGAAACCUUAUAGAUGUGAUCAAUGUGGGAAGAGAUUUACUGAUCUAAGCAGCCUGAAAAGACACCAGAGAAUUCACACGGGAGAGAAACCUUAUAGCUGCACUGACUGUGGUAAGAGUUUUAAUGUUCCAAGCAGCCUGAAAACACACCAAAGAAUUCACACGGGAGAGAAACCUUAUAGCUGCACUGACUGUGGGAAGAGUUUUAAUGUUCCAAGCAGCCUGAAAACACACCAAAGAAUUCACACGGGAGAGAAACCUUAUAGCUGUGAUCAAUGUGGGAAGAGUUUUGUUUCAUCUAGCCAGCUGACUGUACACCAGAGACCACACACAGGAGAUAAAUGUUAUAGCUGUGAUCAAUGUGGGAAGAGUUUUGUUUCAUCUAGCAAGCUGACUGCACACCAGAAAACACACACAGGAGAGAAAUCGUAUAGCUGUGAUCAAUGUGGGAAGAGAUACUCUGGUAAAAGAUCUCUGAUUAGACAUCAGAAAAUACAUGAAGGAGUUGUUCCAAUGAGUUCACUAAGCUACUCUCCUCCUGCUGAAGAAGAGGAUGUCUGCUGGACGGAGAAAGAAGGUCUCGUCAAAGAGGAGGAGGAAGAGGAGGCUGUUACAAUACAAACACAAGUAGAGGAUGAGGCUAUCACCGUGAAGGAAGAAGAGGAAGACGUUUCAUUGAAAGAAGAGGAAGACGCGUUCAGAGUGAAUGAGGAAGAGGAUGCAGUUUUUGGAGUGAAAAAGGAGGAGGAGGAAGAAGAGGAAGAAACUGGAUAUCUGGGCCCGGUUUCCCCAAAGCACCUUAAGGCAUCUAAUGAUGAACUUAGCUGUAAGAUGGUUUUGAGAAACCGUUCCCUGAUAAACACUAGAGAAGGAUGUGACUAUUGUGGAUCCUCUGGGGAGCCUCAACAACAUGAUGAAGCUGAUGUGGCAGAGAGAAAAUCACAAUUACACCAGAGAAUACACACAGGAGAGAAAUCUUUUAGCUGUGAUGAAUGUGGGAAGAGUUUUACUAAGCCAAGCAACCUGAUAUCACACCAGAGAACACACACAGGAGAGAAGCCUUACCACUGCUCUGACUGCGGAAAGAGGUUCUCAAGAGCAGAGAACCUAAAAGUACACCAGAGAAGCCAUACAGGAGAGAAACCUUAUAGCUGCUCUGACUGUGGGAAGAGGUUUCUUUUGUCAGGACAUUUAAAAGCGCACCAGAGAAUACAUACAGGAGAGAAACCUUAUAGCUGUGAUCAAUGUGGGAAGAGUUUUACUCAGUCGUGCAACCUGAUAUCACACCAGAGAAUACACACUGGAGAGAAAUAUCACCGCUGCUCCGACUGUGGGAAGAGAUGCACCACUUUAUCAGACCUCAAAAGACAUCAGAGAAUCCACACAGGAGAGAAACCUUAUAGCUGUGAUCAAUGUGGGAAGAGGUUUACUCAGUCAAAGAACCUGAUAUCACACCAGAGAACGCACACAGGAGAGAAGCCUUACCACUGCUCUGACUGCGGGAAGAGUUUCCACAGAUCAGAUUCACUAAGAAGACACCAGCGAACACACACAUGUGAGAACUCUCUUAGCAAGAAAUCUCAUAGCUGUGAACAAUGUGACAAGAGAUACUCUGAUAAAAGAUCUCUGAUUAAACAUCAGAAAAUACAUGAAGGAGUUGUUGUAGGGGAGGAGGGGGAGAUUACUGUCACAUCGAAAAAGGAGGAGGAACCUGGAUAUCUGGGCCCGGUUUCCCAAAUGCAACUUAAGGCAUCCAAUGGUUCUAACGGUGAACUCAACCGUAAGAUGGUUUUGAGAAACCGUUCCCUGAUUAACACUAGAGAGAGACUUGACUAUCGUGGAUCCUCUGGGGAGCCUCAACAACAACAUGAUGCACAGCAGAGUCUCUCCACAUCAGAACAUCUCAAGAAACACCAGCAGACACCCACAGGGGAUAAAUCUAACCACUGCUCUGUCUGUGGGAAGAGUUACUCAAGAUCAGAUUCACUGAAAGCACACCAGAGAAUUCACACUGGAGACAAAUCUUAUACCUGUGAUCAAUGUGGGAAGAGUUUUGCUACAUCGAGCAAGCUGACUAUACACCAGAGAAAACACACGGGAGAGAAAUCUUUUCACUGCUCAGACUGUGGGAAGAGUUACUCAAGAUCAGAUUCAUUAAAAGCACACCAGAGAAUUCACACUGGAGAGAAACCUUAUAGCUGUGAUCAUUGUGGGAAGAGUUUUACUACAUUGAGCCAGCUGACUAUACACCAGAGCAAUCACACAGGAGAGAAACCUUACAACUGCUCUGACUGUGGAAAGAGUUUUGUUAUAUCAGGAUAUUUAAAAUCACACCAGAGAAUACACACAGGAGAGAAACCUUAUAGCUGUGAUCAAUGUGACAAGAAUUUUAGUCACUCAAGCAGCCUGAUUGUACACCAGAGAACACACACAGGAGAGAAGCCUUAUAGCUGUGAUCAAUGUGGGAAGAGUUUUACUGAAUCUACUCAGCUGACUAAGCACCAGAGAAAACACACAGGGGAGGAAAUAUCACCAUUGUUGUGACUGUGGAAAGAGUUUUGUUUUGUCAGGACUUUUAUAAUCACACCAGACAAGACACACCGGAGAGAAGUCUCAUAGCCGAAAACAACAUGACAAAAGAUACUCUGAUAAAAUAUCUGAUUAAACAUCAUACAUGAAGGAGUUGAAUGCUUUUAACAUUGUAGUGGGAGUAUUUUAAUGAUGUCACAAUGUAGAAUGUUUUAACAUUGAGGUAGGAGUAUUUUAAUGAUGUCACAAUGUAGAAUGUUUUAACAUUGAGGUAGGAGUAUUCUAAUGAUGUCACAAUGUAGAAUGUUUUGACAUUGUAGUAGGAGUAUUCUAAUGAUGUCACAAUGUAGAACCCUAAACGUUUGUCCCCUGUUCCAUUGAUUUCAGCAUGAUAUGGAUAUUAGCCUCGUGAGGGGCAAAAUCCAGGUUCUGAAAUUAAAGAGUUCUAUUUAUUUGAUUAACAAAAAAUAAAGUGGUGUUGCA